AAAAACUUGAUAUUGUCUCCCUCUCUCUCACAUAUGAAAAUUAGGGUUUUUCAGAGGGGUUUAGAUUUGAGAGCCAUUGCUUGCACCAAACGAAAACCCCUCAAUUUCUCAUUCAAAACCAUCUAUCUCCAUUGACGCGCACUUUCACAGCGUACAGUGUAGAGCUAGCUCCCAGAUGGUUCGCUCCAAUGGCGUCCGCCUCCUCCGAUCUCUUCCCGCCGCUAAACUCCUCCGAGACGCCGCCGCCAAAUCAGUUUAUAAUGGAGUCUUCCAAAGGGGCUAUAGGGUAUUCAAUUCAGGACCCUGCAAACCUUCCGGCAUUGUUGAAAGUUUUUCUUCAAAGGUCGGAAACAAUGUUAAUUUGAAGAGGAGGAUGCUAUUUGGAGCAGCUAAUACAUAUUGGGCAGGAUGUAGAUCCAUUCAUAGCACAGCAUCACUGGCAAGAGACUAUUAUGAUGUUCUUGGUGUGAGUAAGAAUGCAAGUUCUUCUGAACUAAAGGCAGCAUACUAUGGGCUUGCAAAGAAGCUCCAUCCAGACACAAACAAAGAUGACCCUGAGGCUGAAAAGAAGUUUCAAGAAGUUUCAAUUGCAUAUGAGGUUUUGAAGGAUGAGGUAAAGCGUCAAGAGUAUGAUCAGGUUGGCCAUGAUGCUUACAUAAACCCACAAGCCGGUGGUUUUGAAGGCAAUCCAUUUGAGGAUUUUGUCAAAGGCAUGUUCAAUCAGAAAUUUGGUGGAGAUGAUGUCAAGACUUCCAUCGAACUAUCAUUUAUGGAAGCUGUCCAAGGAUGUGCCAAAACUCUUACAUAUCAAACAGAUGUGCGGUGUAACACUUGUGGUGGCAGUGGGGUACCUCCGGGUACAAGACCUGAAACUUGUAAGCGCUGUAAAGGGUCAGGAGUGAUGUUUGUACAAGCCGGCAUAUUUAGGGUGGACCAAACAUGUGGCACAUGUAAGGGAACUGGCAAAAUUGUAAAGAAUUUCUGCAAGUCAUGCAAUGGUGCAAAGGUUAUCAAAGGAACAAAGUCAGUCAAGUUGGAUAUUAUGGCUGGUAUGGAUAGCAACGAGACCAUAAAGGUUUGCAGAAGUGGUGGUGCAGAUCCUGAUGGAGGUCACCCUGGUGAUCUGUAUGUUACUAUCAUGGUCAGGGAAGAUCCUGUCUUCCGUAGAGAAGGAUCUGAUAUCCAUGUAGAUGCUCCUUUAAGUAUCACUCAGGCAAUGUUGGGCGGAACCAUUCAGGUCCCAACUCUUACUGGAGAUGUUGUUCUUAAGGUUCGUCCUGGCACUCAACCUGGUCAGAAGGUGGUUCUGAAAAAGAAAGGGAUCAAGACAAAAAGAUCUAACACAUUUGGUGAUCAAUUCGUUCAUUUUAACGUCCGCGUCCCAAUAAACUUGACAGAGAGACAGCGUGAAUUGAUGGAAGAGUUUUCAAAGGAAGAGCAUGGUGAAAUUGAUAAUCAGAGAGCUGCUUCUGCUUCUGGGUGAAAACUUUUGCAGAAUUUGCAGUAGUCUCUAGAGAAGUUUUGUAGGAGUAUUUAUGGAAUGGUGUUAGUUUUGGUCCACUCCACUUUGGUUGUAUGUAAUAUUUGGCGCCAUAAGUGACAAUCACAACUUAAAUUAUAAGCUUAGAAGGCAAUUCCCUCAGGCACCUAUGGACCACAGCAUUCUUGGCUGUGCUGUAUAUAUUUUUCUUUAUAAAGGGUUCAAGUCACAAAUUGUCAUUCUUUUUCCUACUAUCUUAUAAAGAGGAACCUUUUCGUUUCUGAGGCAUGACAAACUUUCUGCAUUGAUUAUCACCAUAAAUUUUGAUUAAUUAUUCAUUUUUCUGGUGA